GCACAAGAUUGAAAAUGGCCUUUGUAUUUUUGCAGCCCGAAACCUGUCAAAUAUUCAAAAUAUGAAGUGACUUAUAUUAAUUCUUUAGUCGAUUGUGUAACUAUAUUUCAAUUUAAACAUUUUCAUAUACAUACGCUUAUAAUAAAUAGUUUUAAAACUAUUUAUGUGAUUUCUAUUUGUGAACGCCGGUGGAGGUUAUGAAAUAAAAAUAUUUUAUAAAACCUAUUGGUUAUUAUGUUUUAAGAUAUAACUGCUCCACAAAGUAUUUACAGCUGCAAAAAGUGUUACACUCAAAAUGUCGAGAAUACUACAUAACCGUUUGAGAUCAUCCCUCAAGAAACCAACAGCAUGGUCAUGUUUCGACAAACGAGCUGUUGCUUUCUCAAUAUGGACUGGAAAGAGCAUGUUGUUGUACAAACCUAUUGAUCCAAUUAAUAUACCAAGGAGAAAGUAUGGUAUGCUGAUAGCUAGAGCAGUCAGAGGAGUGUUGAAGAUCAGAUAUCUUGUAUUGGGAGGUGCAGUGGGGGGAGGGAUGACAUUAAAUAAGAAAUAUUCAGAAUGGAAAGAUGGUCUCCCCGAUAUGGGCUGGCUGAAUGACCUCCUUCCUGAUAAUGAGCAAUGGAAUCGGUUUACAACAACUUUACUUGAUGCUAAGGAUCGGAUUAGUGACCAAUUACAGAUAGGUCGCGAGUUGACGCUGAGCCUGGCCGCAGAUCCCCGGCUGCGCGACGCGGGUGUGGAGCGCGCGGCCGAGCUGCGGGCCUGGCUGGCGCAGCGCUACGAGGACGCGGUCGCCGCAGCCGCUGCCAACACCGAACCCGCUCCACAACAGAUACAGAACAACUUGCAGAGUAGACCUGCGCCGAGCUCCGCUGGCGGGAGGGGGUCGGCAGAGGAGGCGGCUGCUUAUGAGAAGCGAGUACACGCGCUGCAGGAGGAGGUGCUGGCGCUGCAAGCACGCUACCAGCGCGAGCUGCAGCGCCUGGAGCAGGAGAACAGGGAGCUGCGCCAGCAGAACAUGCUGCUGCGGCAGGGCAGGCAGCCCCCUGCUAGGAAACUGAAGCGGUCGUUAAUCGAUAUGUACUCCGCGGUGCUGGAUGAGCUGUCAGGCUGGGAGUCAGGCGAGGCCGGCAGACUGCCGCGAGUGGUGGUGGUGGGAGACCAGUCUGCGGGAAAGACCUCCGUGCUGGAGAUGAUCGCUCAGGCUAGGAUAUUCCCGAGGGGAGCUGGCGAAAUGUGCACUAGGGCUCCAGUGAAAGUGACCCUGUCUGAGGGUCCGUACCACGUGGCGCAGUUCCGCGACUCCUCGAGGGAGUUUGAUCUCAACAAAGAAUCUGAUCUGGCUGAUCUACGCAAGGAGGUGGAGCUGCGCAUGCGCAACAGCGUGCGCGGCGGCCGCACAGUCUCCACUGACGUGAUCGCCAUGUCGGUGCGCGGGCCCGGCCUGCCGCGCAUGGUGCUCGUCGACCUGCCCGGCGUCAUCUCCACGCAAACGGUGGAUAUGGCAUCAGACACGCGCGAUGCCAUCAAGCAGAUGACACGCACUUACAUGGACAACCCCAACGCCAUCAUACUCUGCAUACAGGACGGGUCUGUGGACGCGGAGCGCAGCAACGUGACGGACCUGGUGUCCUCCUGCGACCCUCAGGGCAAGAGGACCAUCUUCGUGCUCACCAAGGUGGACCUCGCGGAGGAGAACCUCGCCAACCCCAACAGGAUCCGGCGCAUCCUGGAGGGCAAGCUGUUCCCGAUGCGCGCGCUGGGCUACUACGCGGUGGUGACGGGCCGCAGCCGCAAGGACGACUCCAUACAGAGCAUACGAGACUACGAGGAGAGGUUCUUCAGAUCAUCCAAAUUGUUCAAGGACGGGUUGGUGACACCCUCGCAAGUGACGACACGCAACCUGUCGCUGGCGGUGGCGGAGUGCUUCUGGCGCAUGGUGCGCGCCACCGUGGAGCAGCAGGCAGACGCCUUCAAAGCCAUGCGCUUCAACCUCGAGACUGAGUGGAAGAACACAUUCCCCAGGUUGUUUUUACAGGUUCUACGCGUGCUGCAGUUAAACGCAUUACAGGACCGCUGCGUAGCUUCGCGUGCGGACUGGGACGCUGCCGUCGCCCUAAUGGAGACCGCCUUGAAGGAGAAACUCAGCGCCGUCGAUGAGGAACUGAAAUCACUUACAGGUCCUGGUCUCCGCGAGCGAUGGCUGUACUGGCAGUCGUCAUCGGAGGAGCAGCAACGGCGCGGCGCGGUGCGAGCCGAGCUGGAGCGGCUUGGCUCCAGUCGACCCAGCCUGGCUCAUGAUGAGGUGGUCGCGGUGCGUGACAACCUGCGCAGGCAGGGCGUGGACGUAGAUAAUGAUUAUAUACGGGAAACCUGGAAACCUGUCUAUUUAAAACACUUCCUGGAGCGAGCGCAGACGCGGGCUCGCGACUGUAAGAAGAGCUUUUAUUUGUACAGUCAGCAAAACGGCACUGGACAGAAGGAGUGCUGCGAGGUGGUGAUGUUCUGGCGCGUGUGGGCGACGCUGCGCACCACCGCCAACGCGCUGCGCCAGCAGAUCGGCAACAGGGAGGCGGCGCGACUCGACAGGGACCUGCGGGAGGUGCUCGACGAGAUGUCAGCUGACCCCGAGUUGAAACAGAAACUACUGUCUGGAAGACGAGUGGAGCUCGCAGAGGAACUCAAGAGAGUUCGCCAAGUGCAGGAGAAAUUAGAAGAAUUUAUAGAGGCUCUGAACAAAGAGAAAUAAUAUUGUAUAUAUGGAAUAUGUAUCACAUGACACACACACUGUUUUAUACUUAUAUGUUACUAGUUGUAUCGCGCGACUUCGCCCUGGUCAAAUAAAAAAAUAAAAAUAGCCUAUGUUAUAUAAAGUAGCUUUUUAAUGGUGAAAGAUUAUUUGAAAUCUAUCCAAUAGAUUUUUGAGUUAUUUCAAUAUAUACAAAGAGACAGAUUUUUCCCCUUUUAAUGAAUUAUCCGAUAUACAAUUUGUACAAUUAGGGAAUUUGUCGGUGUUACUAAUCAGGGACAGUUGUUUUAAUGAUUUUAACGCAUUAUGACUAUUUAUAACCGAUAGAACGUUUUGUAUAUGUACGAAAAUACAUGGAUUUUCAACAAUUGUUAAUUAUUCUUAUUGAUUAUUAGUAAGAAGAGUUGAAAUUUGUAAUGAAUUCCUUCCACCGCGGAUCUCCCCGACUGUACCUAAUAUUGUUAUUAUGUGAGUUAAUUAUUGAGCUAUAGAUAAAUCAUGCUAAACUAUUCGAAUUGUUUUUUUAACCAUUUAGACAUGUUUAGUUCUGAGAAGUAACUACUUAAUAGUUAAAUAAAUGAAAUUGUAAAGCAAAGAGAAGUUAUUGACUUGAGUAUUCAUUCUGGAUUUUUUCUAAUAAAAGAUGUAUAACAUUGUAACUUAUUUAUUAUGAAAUUAUACCUUUGGGUUU